AUGGGUCAAAAUCCAAAGCAUGGAAACGUCACUCACAAUAACCUCUCCGCCUCAGCAAGACCUAGUUCUUCUUCUUCUCUCCUUCUAACAUCAAACAAUGAUGAUUAUGAUCACAAUGAAUCUUCUUUAGUCACAACCUCGUUCAAAGAAGGAUCAUUCACGAGUUUCCGAAAUCGUCGUCAUGAUCAUCAUCCUUUUCAACAACGUUCUUCAUUCCAUUCUGAUUCAGUGUUUUAUUUAGUUUCGUAUAAUCCUUCCUUAUUUUCAGAUGGAAUCAAUCCUGGAAUUGGCGUUUCGAGAGUGGUGGAUGAGAAUGGAAAAGUUCUAUUGCAAGAUGAUUCUUCUGCUGCUUUUAAUAGUGGCUAUCAGGAUCGAACAUUUGAUAAGAAUGCCAUCAAAUUGGUACUAAAGAAGGUGACGAUUGUGAAAGUAUGCAGUGGAAGAUUGCAUACUCAUUUAUUGACUCACGAUGGCAAGAUAUUGAGUUUUGGAAGCAACAAUCAUGGCCAACUCGCUUGUGGACGAAAUGGUUCCAUUCCAACCAGUUAUGGAGUUGUUCCAGCUGUUGGUGAAAUUGCUAAAACAUUUGUUGUGGAUGGAGCUGGAGGAGGUUAUCAUUCAGUUUUUCUCACCAUUGAUCAUCGAGUCUUUACAGUUGGAUCGAAUGGCUGCUGUCAAUGUGGAACCAACGAAUUUACUCAAACUCACACUGCCUAUGAAGUGACAAGCUCAAAAUUCAAUGAUAGAAAAGUGAUUGCAUGUUCAGCAGGUGAUUCACAUACCUGUUUCUUAACUCUGUGUGGACAUGUGUAUUUUGCGGGUAGUAAUAGCAAUGGAUGUUGUGUGGGAUUGAAAUCAUCCGAUCGACCAGUCUUAUUGGUGCAUGAUUUAUUGAGGAAUCAAUUCCCAAUCCAUGUGACAUGUGGCUAUGACAAUACAGUCAUUGUGUGCAGGAGUGGAACAGUAUUUGGAGCUGGUUGCAAUUCAUGUGGUCAAAUGGCUGUCAAAGAACAAGAACAUCAAAAUUUCUCAGAGUUAAGACCUCUCUUCUUUGGCAAGAGUGAUGUCCUUUGGGCGAGUACAGGUUAUUUCUGUAGUGUCUUGAAAUCCAUGAAUGGAGAUUAUUUUUAUGCACCUGCUCAACAACGAGAUAUGGCAUGUCUAUGUGAUAUCUUUCCAAAACAACACUCCAUACUAUCCAUACUAGCUGGUGAUUAUGUUCUGUGGGUGACGAAUGAAAUGCAGGAGAAGGAGGAGAAGUGUGGAAAGAUCUAUGGCUACACAGGAGGUAUGCCGACAGACAUUACUGGAGAGUUUUGUCUGACUGAUUCUUCAUCCACAAGUGGUGUUGGUAUUAGUGCUCAACGUGAUCUGUUUAUCAUUUACUUUACAGGAGUUCCAACACAUGUGGUGGUUGCCCGCCACUUUUGUCAUCUCCAUCAAAUAGUCGGUCACAUGUGUGGAAAAGGAAGCUAUUAUAGUGAGGACAUGAAUCUCUUCUCAGAUAUAACCAUCAUCAUGUAA